AUGGCAAAGAUGAGAGAGCCGGGAUCCGAGACACCUACCUCAAACUGCGAGGAGGAGAAGAUUUUUGUUUCGAUUCGAGUAAGGCCUUUGAAUGAUAGAGAAAGGUGGAGGCGCGAUGCGUCUGAAUGGGAGUGCAUUUCUGGAAACACCAUCAGAUACAAGAAUGGUCCAACAGAUGGCUACACUUUUGACAGGGUAUAUGGGGAGAAGAGCUCCACGCAGCAAGUUUAUGAGCAGGGGAUCAAGGAAAUUGUCCUUUCAGUUGUUAGUGGCAUCAAUUGUAGCGUUUUUGCAUACGGACAAACAAGCAGUGGGAAGACUUACACCAUGAAAGGAAUUACUGAAUAUGCAAUAGAUGAUAUAUAUGACUACAUAGAGAAGCAACAUGGGAGAGACUACAUUAUGAAGUUCUCUGCGAUGGAAAUAUAUAAUGAAGCAGUUAAAGACCUUCUUACUGCAAAUUCUCCUCCACUUAGAUUGCUUGAUGAUCCAGAGAAAGGGACUAUUGUUGAAAGACUUACAGAGGAGACUCUCACAGAGAGGAGCCACUUGCAGGAACUCCUUUCAACAUGCGCAGCUCAUAGGACAACGGAAGAAACAGCCAUGAAUGAGACUAGCUCCAGAUCUCAUCAAAUUCUUCGAUUGACAGUUGAAAGUAACCCUACUGAUUAUGUAGGCACUACACGUUCUGGUACACUUAUAGCCAGUGUGAAUUUCGUUGAUCUGGCCGGGAGCGAGCGUGCUUCUCAAGCAUUAUCAGCAGGCACAAGAUUGAGAGAAGGUAGCCACAUAAAUCGAAGUUUGCUGACCCUUGGAACUGUAAUUCGGAAACUAAGCAAGGAAAGAAAUGGACACAUACCUUACAGAGACUCUAAGCUUACUCGUAUUCUACAAAAUUCUUUAGGCGGCAAUGCAAGAACAGCAAUCAUUUGCACCAUUAGUCCGGCGCGAAGCCAGGUUGAGCAAUCGAAAAAUACCCUACUCUUUGCUGCUACUGCCAAGCAGGUGACUACUAAUGCUAAGGUCAAUGUGGUCAUGUCCGAUAAGGUCUUGGUACAGCAACUACAGAAAGAGUUGGCUAGAAUGGAGAAUGAGUUGAAGGGCUUCAGUUCAAAUUCUGCUAUACUAAAGGAGAGAGAGCUUCUGAUUGAACAGAUGGAACAGAAGAUCAAGGAGUUGACUGAACAACGUGAUCUCUUUCAAUCUCGUGUUGAAAAUUUGCUCCAGACAAAUACUCAAGUUGAGACUCCUCGUCAUCGCAGAAGAACAUCCAGUGUGUCUAAUUUAACUGCAAAACUUUUACAGCAUCAAGAGAAUAUGGAAGAUGACUUUCUUUUGGAUGGCAGUCCUCCCACAUUUGCUGGGCCUGAUCCAUGUCAUGGUUGGGAGGAGAUAUCUAGGGAAGCCGGUUCUGAAGAUAGUAUCAGAGAAGUUCAAUGUGUUGAUACAUCCCUUCAUGCUUUGAAACAAAGUGGAGGAAAUACCCCCAUGAUACAGGUCACACAUGUAGUUACUAAAUCAUCAUCGAGGAAUGAGCAUAAAGGAUUGGAUCAUGUUGCUGAACUUAAUAGUCAAGAUUUUCUGAAGCCAACAGUUCAGGACACUGAAAAUACCAACGAACCUUGCCAUGUUGAGGACCUUUCAGAGUACCCAAAUGAGUCCCCAUAUAUUUCUUGCAAGCCCAUGUUGGCUGCUCAUGCUACUCCAAUGUCUCCAGCUGCUCAAAUAAUCAAGGUGGAUUGGGAACCUGCAUCACUUCAUCAUGCCAAAAGGUUGCAGCAAAAGGUUAUGUCAUACUCAUCACCUUCUUGGUUAGGUAAGUUUGACCAGGAAUUUGCAUCACCUUCUCGAUUUGCCGGACUGCAACAGACACCAACUAGGGUUGAACAGGAAUAUUCUGAUUGCUUGGAUUACCUCCCUGAGGAGCCAUAUAAAUCGCCAAUGCAAGUUACUACACGAAAAUCAUCUAGAAAAUAUUCUCAAAUUGGUGAGACCAAUGCUCUAGUUCCAGUAGAAUCCGAUGUUGAUUCUGACGGGGAGGAUACUGCAAGUGUUCUCAAUUUCGCUGUAAGAAUGAAUGAGAAGUCUAGGUCAAAGCUAUCGAAGAAGAACUCUAACGAUCAAUUGGUUCAUGGAAAGUCAUAUGUAGUCAAUAAACGUCUAAGCAAAAUAAAAGGUAUGGGUUUCUAUGAAUGCGCGGGAGCUAUGACACCUUCCAGAUUUGAGAGACAGCAGAAAGAUAUAGUGGAACUUUGGCAUGCAUGUAAUGUACCACUUGUACACAGAUCCUAUUUUUUCCUUCUCAUCAAGGGUGAACUUGCGGAUACUGUGUACUUGGAUGUUGAGCUCCGACGUUUGUCCUUUCUUCAGCACACAUUUUCUACUGGAGCUGACAUUACAGGACAAGGUCUAGAUGUCACACCUAAUUCAAGCCUGAAGGCUCUAAAUCGUGAGAGGAAGAUGCUAAGCAAGCAAGUGCACAAGAAAUUUUCCUAUAAGGAAAGACUGCAACUAUACCAGAGGUGGGGUAUUGAUUUGAAUACUAAGCACAGAAGCAUACAAUUGGCAUAUCUGCUAUGGACCAACACAGAGUUGAACCACGCAAGGGAAAGUGCAACACUUGUUGCUAGGCUUGUUGGAUUGAUAGACUCGGGUGAUGAUUCAAAGAAGAGUUUUGGAUUUGGCUUCGGCUUCGGCUUCUUGGCCCGACGCAAGAGCAGCACUGUUAAACCCGAUAACUGGAAGGAGAAUAUGACUACCGUUGGAUAG